GGGAUCUACAAAUACCUCGAGAGGAAUUUCUCUGACUUCAAGCAGAGAGGCUUUGUUGUUGGAUAUGACACACGAGGUCAGGUCACCAGCAACUGCAGCAGUAAGAAGUAUGAGUAUCCCUACGCCGUGCAGCAGCUCGGGGCUGUGGCUGGGGUCAUGAUCACAGCGUCCCACAACCGCAAGGAGGACAAUGGCUACAAGGUUUAUUGGGAAAACGGAGCUCAGAUCACCUCUCCUCAUGAUAAGGAGAUUAUAAAAUGUAUAGAAGAGUGUGUUGAACCGUGGAAUGGCUCUUGGAAUGAAAAUCUGGURGACACCAGUCCCCUCAGACAGGAUCCUCUGAAGAAAAUCUGUGACAGCUACAUGGAGGAUCUGACAAAGAUCUGUUUUCACAGGGAGCUGAAUGUGCAGAGCAAUCUGAAGUUUGUCCACACCUCUUUCCAUGGAGUUGGGCACGAUUAUGUGCAGUUGGCUUUCAAAGCCUUUGGAUUCCAACCCCCCAUCCCAGUCCCGGAGCAGAAAGACCCAGACCCAGACUUCUCCACUGUCAAAUGCCCCAAUCCUGAGGAAGGAGAAUGUGUGCUGGAGUUGUCACUGAGACUUGCAGAGAAAGAAAAUGCCAAGGUGGUGGUGGCCACUGAUCCCGAUGCAGAUAGACUGGCAGUGGCAGAGCAGCAGGAAAAGGAAACACUCCCUGGUUUUAAAUGGAUUGGCAGCAGAGUAAAAAAUCUCCUCGAUAAUGGAAAUGAAGUUCUCUUUGCUUUUGAGGAGUCUAUUGGCUUCAUGUGUGGCACAUCAGUGCUGGAUAAGGACGGGGUGAGUGCAGCCGUGGUCAUUGCUGAAAUGGCAACUUAUCUACAGGGCCAGAACCUGAGCCUGGCACACAAACUCCUGGACAUUUAUGAAACGUAUGGAUAUCACAUAUCCAGGACCUCCUACUUCCUGUGCUAUGACCCUGCCACCAUCAAGAGGAUAUUUGAGAGGCUGAGGAACUUCGAGGGCCCUCAGUCGUACCCCAAAUGCUGCGGCACUUACAGCAUCCUGCAUGUCCGGGACAUCACCACGGGCUACGACAGCAGCCAGCUCAACAAGAGAUCCGUGAGUUCAGAGGGGUUUGGGGAGAGGAGGGGCUGCAAAACUGGAAUAACCCAGCGAGGAGACAAGUGCUGUGUCUGCUGA